UCCCCGCGCCCCGUGCCCCGCACUCCGCCCACCGGCGGGUAUUCGAAGUCCCGGGCGCCUCGGAUCCUACUUCCGGCCACAGCGAACUGUCCUGGCCUUGCUCCUGGCUGCGGCGCCGAGACUCUGGGGUCUAUCAUCAUGGAUGCGCUAUCAGAAGCAAAUGGCACCUUUGCCUUCAACCUCUUGAAAAAGCUGGGUGAAAACAACUCACAAAACGUGGUUUUUUCACCUAUGAGCAUCUCCUCUGCCCUGGCCAUGGUCUUCCUGGGGGCCGAGGGAAACACCGCUACCCAGAUAUCCCAGGCGCUUUCUUUAAAUAAAAGUCGAGGUGGAGGUGGAGAUGUUCACCAAGGUUUCCAGUUGCUUCUCACUGAAGUUAACAAACCCGGCACUCAGUACUUGCUCAGGAUGGCCAACAGGCUCUUUGGAGAGAAGACAUAUGAUUUCCUCUCAUCUUUCAAAGAUUCCUGCUGCAAAUUCUACCAAGCAGAGAUGGAAGAGCUUGACUUUGCCAAUGCUACAGAGGAGUCCAGAAAGCACAUCAACACCUGGGUAGCCAAGAAGACAGAAGGUAAAAUUACAGAGUUGCUGUCUUUAGGUACCGUUAAUUCCCUGACUAGCCUGGUUCUCGUGAAUGCCAUCUACUUCAAAGGAAACUGGGACAACCGUUUUAACAAACAACAGACUAAGGAAAGACCUUUUAAAAUUAGCAAGAAUGAGGAGAAGCCUGUGCAAAUGAUGUUUAAGAAAUCUACUUUUAAAAUUACCUAUAUAGGAGAAAUAUUCACCCAAAUUCUGGUGCUUCCCUAUGUCGGGAAGGAGCUGAAUAUGAUCAUCAUGCUUCCAGAUGGAAACACUGAUUUGAGCACGGUGGAAAAAGAACUUACUUAUGAGAAAUUCAUGGAAUGGACAAGGCCGGCCAUGCUGGAUGAGGAAGAGGUAGAAGUCUUCCUUCCUAGAUUCAAGCUGGAGGAGAAAUAUGAUAUGAAGGACGUCCUUCACAGUCUGGGCAUGGCUGAUGCCUUUGUCCAGGGCAGGGCAGACUUCUCUGGAAUGUCAUCCAGGAAAGACCUGUGUCUAUCCAAGGUUGUACACAGGUCUUUUGUGGAGGUCAACGAGGAAGGCACAGAGGCAGCGGCUGCCACUGCUGCCAUCAUGAUGUUGCGCUGCGCAAGGGUCACCCCCCGGUUCUGUGCUGACCACCCCUUCCUCUUCUUCAUCCAGCACACCAAGACAAACGGGAUUCUGUUCUGUGGCCGGGUCUCCUCUCCCUAAGGAAGAGGGGUCACUAGUUGUAGCCCUCCUCCUUUCUCCUACCUACGUGCCUUUCCUCUGACACCUAACAGUGUGCCUGCAACCCAGAGGGACCUUCCUAGUGCAGUGGUGACAGCUCAGAAAUAAAGGGCCUGAUCUUGA